UUAUUUUCUCUCUCUUAUCCCAUUCCCACAUCCUUGGAAUCUAAAACUAAGAAACAAAAACAAUGCCUACACCAUGUCUUCCGCUCCACACACCACUCGCAGCUUCAACAAGGAUUACAAAACUAUCAAAUUUGAAUUCAAACUUCUUAGCUAAUUCCCACGGAAAAUAUAGUAAAAUCAAUGGAAUUGGCAAUAAUAAGUCUGUCCCAUGCAGAGCAAGAGCUUCUUCUUCUUCUUCUUCUUCAAGCUCUUUCACAGACUUUGAUCUCUACGAUCUCCUUGGCAUCGAUAGCUCUUCUGAUCAGUCUCAGAUUAAAAAUGCUUACAGAUCGCUCCAGAAGCGGUGCCAUCCCGACAUCGCCGGGCCGGCCGGGCACGACAUGGCCAUCAUUCUCAACGAAGCUUACGCCCUUCUCUCUAACCCAUCUCAUCGCUCGGCUUAUGAUAAGGAGCAAGCAAAAACUGCAGAACUUCGAGGUUACACAGGAAAACCGAUUUACUCGGCAUGGUUAGGAUCAGAAAACGAAGAACGGGCAGUGUUUGUUGAUGAAGUCAAGUGUGUCGGUUGCUUGAAAUGUGCAUUGUUUGCUCAAAAGACUUUUGCAAUCGAAUCGGUUUAUGGAAGAGCCAGGGUUGUUGCACAGUGGGCUGAUCCUGAAUUCAAAAUCCAGGACGCCAUAGGAGCUUGUCCAGUUGACUGCAUCUCGAUGGUGGAGAGAUCCAACCUAGCAGCUCUGGAAUUUCUAAUGUCAAAGCAGCCGCGGGGGAACGUAAGAGUAGGCAUGGGGAAUGCAGCGGGUGCUCGUGUCUCGAACAUUUUCGCGGAUGUGAAGAAAUUUCAGAUCAGGUAUCAAGAGGCAAGGGAGAAAGCUUCUUCACAGUAUUCCAAGGAGGCAGACCUACAAAAAGCAGCAAGAAUGUCAGCAAUUCAAGCAAUCAGAUCAAUCUCCAACUGGUUUUAUUGGCAAACGCCCAACUCAGUUGGAUCAACAGUGCCCUCUAAUCAAUCUUUGAUUAUAACAAACCAUAAACCCUCUGAACCAGAUAUCGGCAAGCUCCGAGACGCUGCUGCUGCUAGGAAGAAGCUAGAAAGAGAGGGUUCAGGACCUGUCAAACGAACCCCGUCGAAGAACUACUUAUGUCGCGAGGACUAUUGGAUUCCAUUAACUCAUGCUCUUCCUGCACCCUCAACACAGAACAACUCCUACUCGAGAACUAUUUCAGAUGCCUCACCUCCGAAAGAACGGAAGCGAAAAACUGACAGAGAUCGAACCGUGACGAAGAACAACGAAAGGAACCCCAUAAGCUUUGUUACACCAUUGGCAACAGCAAUGAUUGCAGCGUCCAUAGUUCGAGUACACGGAGAAGGAGCGGUCGGUAGGCUGGACGAACAUGUAGGCGGUUCUUUAGCAUUGCAGAUAGUAAACAGUUCUUGGUUACCGGUUAUACUAACUGGGAUCACGUGGUACAUCGUCGGAACAUUCGCAGUUGGAUUUGUUGAAGCCAUUAGAAGCAGAGAAGUUGAAGAAAGAAAGAAGUAAACACAAGCAAAGUACUGAGAAUUAUAGUUUUAUGAACAUGAAUAAAAUGUAAACAACACAAGUACUGAAGUAAAGUCUUCUGAACAUUGAAAUUUAUCAUAGAAUACACCAUAUACUAAAA